UGUCCAAUGUAGCGUCAGUCAGUCAAUUGAUGUCACAAGUCAGCGUAAUUUACCUUGUGCCAUUGCCCAUGUUACUGAGCUGUUACUUUGCGCCAUGCUUUUUAGUUCACACUUGCUGUCGGGGAUGGCAGACUGGCGUAACGUUGCAGUGUUGAGUUUAGCUAACUUGGCUAACGGUACUUUCCAUCACAUACGGAAAGCUAACGUUAGCCAUCGAGGCCGACCUGUGAACUUAGGUUACCUCAACGCCACCGUUAUGUAAACGUCAAUAAGGUUUCUCUUUUAGAAUAUCUGAUCUGAUUUGUCUCAGAUGAGCCUCAUGUUAGGUUAGGUUGGUUUAACAUCAAGUUACUUUGUCAAUGUUUUCAUUGGUCAACCUUACGUAUUCAGCUUGAACUAGUAUGGAUGUUGAUGACGGCAAUGACCGGUCUUGCAUAUCAGCUAGUAGAGACUCUUCAAUGGAAAGAGAGUUUUCUGGGGCCCUGGGAGGUCCAACAGUGAGCACCCCAAACAGCAAGGAGAAUUCCCCUAUUCGCUCCCUCAGUGCCAACUCCAUUAAAGUGGAGCUGUACAGUGAUGAAGACCCAGGUCGUAAUACUGAAGAUGAAAGAGGGGAGCGGGUAGAGGAUGGAGGUCCAGAGCAGGGAUCUGAGGCUGUCGGAGGCUACAGGGAGCUCACCAAUGCUGAAAACAUUCAAGCUGGAGCCACCAGACUGCCAAAUGGAAAGCUUAAGUGUGACAUCUGUGGAAUGAUCUGCAUUGGGCCAAAUGUUCUCAUGGUGCACAAACGCAGCCAUACAGGUGAGCGACCAUUCCAGUGUAAUCAGUGUGGCGCCUCCUUCACUCAAAAGGGUAACCUGCUCCGCCACAUCAAGCUGCACUCGGGGGAGAAGCCAUUUAAAUGUCCCUUUUGCAGCUAUGCCUGUCGAAGACGAGAUGCGCUUACUGGCCACCUUCGCACUCAUGCAGUUUCCUCUCCAACUGCAGGGAAGCCAUAUAAGUGCAGUUAUUGUGGCCGUAGUUACAAGCAGCAGAGCACCCUGGAGGAGCACCGUGAGCGCUGCCACAGCUAUUUACAGAGUCUGGAGUCACAUCAGCCCUCCUGUGUCCAGAAUCCAGGAGAGGAGAUGAGAGAGCUAGAGUUUAUACCAGACUCUCUACUGCAACCCUCCUCAGACAAGAUGGCAUUUAUUGAUCGGCUCGCCAACAGUAUCACCAAACGCAAGAGAUCCACACCACAACAAUUUGUAGGACAGAAGAACAUACAUCUCCAUCUUGCAGAUGCACCUUAUGAGCUCAGCGCUGGUUUGGAUAAAGACGGGGAGAUGCCCACAGGUGAACUUGAAACCCCGCUCUUUGCUGCUCUGGGAGGAGAAUACGCAGGUUUGGCAGGAAAUGGAGGUGGAGACGCAAUGAGGCCUCUCCAUCUUCUUACCACUCGCCCUUCAUCUUUAUCAGAACUUAGGCCAAUCCACAGCUCCAUUCACAUGUCUACCGCUCGAGGCCCAAAGAUGGAUUGCUCAGGGACUGGCGCUGGGCUGGGAGCCGUGGGUGUUGGGGGGAGGGAGGCAGCAGAGGGUCAUGAAGAUCUGCCUGCAAGCCAAAGUCACGCACCUUCACCUAGCAACGGUUGCCAGGACUCGACAGAUACAGAGAGCAUGCCAGAUGAGCCUUGCAACAGUACAGCUCUGACUCCGACCCUGCAGUGUAACAACGGCCACCAUCUUCAUCACUCCAACAACCGUUAUCCAGCACCUCCUCCUGUCGCACACUACAGGAGUCGGAACCGACACACUCCUAGCCACGCCAAAGAUAUGGAGGUGAAAAGAGAAGAUGGAAGCCACUCUGCCCUAAGGCCCGCUGGUGUUGCGCCAACUCCAAGCUCACCUACAGCGGCCUCUUUCACCCCUCGGGAGUCGUUUCGGGUCGUCGAUGGAGACGGGCGAGCUGUGCGCUCUUUCCGUUGUGAGCACUGUCGUGUGUUUUUCCUGGACCAUGUCAUGUAUACCAUCCACAUGGGCUGCCACGGUUUUCGCCAGCCUUUUGAGUGUAACAUCUGUGGCCACCGCAGCCAGGACCGCUAUGAAUUUUCUUCACACAUUGUCCGUGGGGAGCACAUCCUUGACUGAGGAGGAAGGCUGGCCAACCUGCUUAACUUGGAGCUAUUGAUACACUGAGACCAGGAGCCGGCUGGGUUUGGUCUGCACGCGAGCUAAAGAAGACACUGAUGACAUAAAAAUAAUAUGAACAUUUUAAACUUAGCACUUUGAACCAAGAAUCAAUUUAAGAUUCAACAUUUAAGACUUUUAAUUCAAUGUAUUUAUAAAGUAGAUGAAGAACCAAUGCACUUCUUCAAUCCGCAGAUGUGCCUCUAAAAUUCAGGAUACAAACCUGAUGCACAAAUGACAGGAUACAAAUGUGACUUGUGUCCUUUAACAGAUAACACAUAAAAGAUAAUGUGAAGUGUAUAGGCUCACCUACAAUGACAUUUUAAUUACUUGUUUCAAAAUCACUGAUUUAAUUAAAUCAUUCCCAAAGUGUGUUUCCAAUGUAGUUGGAUUCUGUAAUAUAUUGGUUUUUUAAUUGAGAAGUGAAGUGCAGACCAAACUCAAAAACCAGGUCCAAGUCGAACAGAUGCGUUUGAGGGGUUGUUGGUGAGUUAGAAAUGCACUUUUGUUUUUAAAAGGGGUAGUAGUGUGUGAGUGUGUGAGGGAAAAGGGAGCAUGUGACAGACCCUUUGUUUUAUGGAAGCAAAUUUAAUAAGUGAAAAAUGAAGGCCUUUGUGUGAAUGCUGUGUUUUUCUUUACUAUGACUGCUUUUGUUGCACUGAUCCCUGCCAGAAUACUAUGAUUAUAUUAAACUAUUUUAUGAAAUACAUUAAUGACCUGAACAUAUCUCUCAAAAUGUGAGAAAAACUUAAGGAAUGUUUUUAUUAAACGGAAAGGAAUAAGAGUAUCACUGCCACAAUUUCAAAGAUGACUGAGGAGUUAUGGGUCUUUACAAGUCAAUUGAUAUUUUCCAUUUCGUAACUACAUCAAACUGCAAACCAACACUAAUCUAUUUCUUCUUAAAUUCUGUUGGUGUUAUCUCAUUGUAUUGUGCCUUUCUUCACCAUGAUCACACUUUGUUGACCAGACUGAAGGACAUGACCUAUCAACUGUCUUGAAUCAGAUCAUUGUUAGAGAUCAUGACAAAAUAGUUGACUUCCUCGUGCGUCUCGCUUUGCACAAUAUUUCUAUUCUCCUAUUCCUAAAGUUGGGUUGGUUUUCAUUAAUGUGUUGGCAAAGAACUAUUUCUGCUGAUUUAUCAAAGAUACAUGUGCAUGGCAUUUGGCGCAUGCUGCUAAGUGAGGAGUCGACUCAGUGGGGAGUAGCGGUUAAAUCCAAGUACAAACCUGAAUACAUUUCAGUCCAGAGUGAAACGGGUGUUUAUUUCCAAUUGGGUUUUCUUGGUUGUGAUAUUUAAUACAUCCAGUUGUGGUAGUAUGGUGCAGAAAUGAAAUGUCGAGAGGAAUGUGUCGGUUAUAAGAAACUCGUCAGCCCUCGAUUCUCUCUUUGUUUACAUGUUUAAAAAAAAUAGAUAUGGUUGUUGUAGAAACUGUUUAUUUUACUUCAAGUACAUUAAGUUGUACUGUUAAGCACGCAAGUUUGGAAUGUCUGGAAUACAGAAUUGGGCACAAAUCAAUACUUAAUGUGUGUUGAUGAACAAGACAUCAGUAGAUGAUCUCCAUUGUAAAUAACCACUAAAGUAAAUAAGUUUGGGACAAACGCAUAGGUCCACUGAUGUCCUAAAGGCUAGAGGGGUCCAACUCAACUGACUUGAGCACAUUAAUAUUUGAGACAAGAGUUUCCUUGAGUUAAACUUAACUGGCAAUUUGCAGAAUCAAGAAAUCUUGUUUUAACAAGUCUUUCGCAGGCUUAACAGAGCCACUGAGCCGGCCUUAAAUCUAUAUUUAUUGUUCCCUCAAUCUCCGACCUGUAUGAAAUCGCACAUUUUUAAGUAUUGGUUUAAAUGUGCAGAAGUUCUGUCAUUGUAUAUACUUAGAAGAAUAAAAUGUACUUUUUAAAAUGUUUUUCAUCAGAGGUUUGGGAUAGUACCAAAUAAUGUUCCCCCAGGGCUGAACCAAAGAACCACUAAUUUCUACUGUUGAGCACUUUUUUCCUAUUAGUGGCAAAAUAAAACAAAAGCAGUUACAAUAUUUGUACAUAGUAUGCAUUAAGAGGAGAAAAGGACAUGUCUCUUUUCAUUGGCAUCAGUAAAACUUUGUAAAUGUUAAGUCUUUUCCAGAAGCUAUCCCCACUUAGUUUUGUAGAAGACAAUUUGAAAAUAUCAGUUGUGGGUUCCCUUUCAAAUUAAAUAGUAGACAUGUGGAGCUGCAUUUGCUUUAAAGAGUUAGAUUUUAAAAAUAAAGUCACUUAGACACUGGUUACUUUAUCACUAUAGUACAAUAGUUAAUUCCAUUUUUCUCUUCCAAUGUUUCUUUAUUUAAUAAAAUGACCUUGUCUUAUACUGUUAAAUGUCAGGACAGAAGAUUGUAAUGUAGAAUCCUGCAACUUAAUCUAUAAAACAUUGACUUUAAACGAUUAAACACCAAUAAUUUGUUUACAAAAUCAAAUCCUAUCCGUUUGGCAUUACUUCACUGUAAAGUGUGAUCUGGGCAAAAGCUUGUAGUUGCACAGACCCAGGUGUGAUUCUCCCGUUGGUGAGACUUCUUUGUAGUAGACGUCACGAUUGUUAAAACACUCAUUUUAAGUGUACCUUGCCAAUUGUUAAUGUUGUGAAAGUACUUUACGGUAAAUAUGGCAGCACAGAGUAUAAAUAAUGCCACAAAUCAAUGACCUUGGCCAGAAACAACAUCAUGGACUGUCAAAAGAACCAAAUUAUUAUGAUGAUGUCAUCUGGCAGGAGCCAAAGAACUAGAUGGAAUAUGUAAAAAGUUCUGUAGAUUUUAUUGACCAAAAAAAGUUAACCAGCCUCCUUUUUAGAAUUUAUUUAUUUUGUAGAUUUCUUAUUCAUAUGUGCAACACCCAACAGGGAUGUGCUUCUAAGUCUGACGCAUGAGGUACCAACACCCCUUUUAGGUACAGGGACAACCAAAUAAACAGUUCAGAAAUGCUCUA